AUGGUUUUAAAUAUGAUAAAUUUUACUCAAGGAACUGUUAAAAUAGAUGAAUGUAAUUUUGAUAAUGAUAUUAAUGAAAAUAUUUAUAAUGAUCAAGAAGAAUUAGAAAACCCUACCAAUAUUAAGCCAGAAUUAUGCAAAGAUGAAACACAUAUUAUCGUUAUGAAUAAAGUAACAAAUACAAUUCCAUUUUUACCAUAUGCUAUUAUCGAUACUGUUAAUAAAAAAUUGCAAACUUGUGGUAAUGAUAGUAAAAAAAUUAUUUCUCAAUUGUUACCAAUAUUUUCUACUAUUUUCAUUACUUCUACUGCUUCUACUGCUUCUACUACUUUCACUACUUCUGUUAUUUUCACUACUUCUGCUACUUCCACUACUUCAACUACUUUUGCUACUUCUACUACUUCCACUACUUUCAGUAUUACUUUUAUUAAUAUAUUAAAUAAUAUUCAAUUAUCUACCUUUUUUGCAUUUCAAAUUCUUUUAAAAAUGAGUAAACUUUCAAAUAUACAUUCUUCUGAAUUAAAUAUUUCUGAUGAACAAUGGCCUAAUGUAGGAAAAAAAUUGGCUGAAUGUGUUUAG